AUGGCAUCCGAAGCGCGUCUCUAUACCUUCUCGCCCGAAACCAAGACCGCAUUGCGCAAGUUCCCAGCAAACACCGUAGAAGCCCGAACGGAUACGCCUCUACACACCCCUCAAAAGAGACACAGAAAGAGCUCGGGAAACAGAGAAGACUACACCACAAGAGGAGAGCCCAGCAAUACAGAGGAGACAAGGGUUACUCGAUACGAGAGCGCAGAAUGGCUGAAACCACUUUCUCAAGGAACAGACCAAAUCGACAAAAAGACACUAGAAAUCUCAAAGGCAGACGAUGAAGUCUACACCGAUCUGAGCUUACUGGGCGAGGAACUGCCCGACCACUCGCCCAGGUUCAUCUUGCUCAGUUACCCCUUGACCAUGGUACGCCGUCUUUUCUCCUUCUCUACUUUCUAUCAACCACAACUAUGGAACGUUGUGCUGACUCAAGGGCCCUUCUCACAGGCUUCUGGACGUCUAUCUGUCCCCUACGUCAUGCUAUACUACCUGCCCGUCACCUGCAACAGCGAGCUCAAAAUGGUCUACGCAGGAGCAAAGGAACUGAUGCGCAACCAAGCAGAAGUCGGUCGCAUCAUCGAGAUCGACAGCGCCGAAGAGCUAGAAGAGAUUGAGGAUCAGCUCAGAGGAGAGGAGUAG